CCCUUUCCAGUUAUCCACCUGUAACUAAACGGGUCGGUGCAGUUUGGGAUUAUAAACGGGCUGUACUACUAGAGUUGGAGGGGCGUCCGCGUUGUUCUCAAUCACAGGAAGGAAACAGGAAUACAAACAGAGCAAGAAUUCAACCCUUCCCAAAAGUGGAAUGGGUUACACCCGGAACUGUACCGUCUCCAGCAGGCACUUUGAAACUAAAGCUGAUUAAAAAAGUUCCAGUGCGUGUGCUGUCGCUAUUUGUUUGCAUUCGGGGCUGUGCGAGGUGUAAACCCAAUGGAGCACCGUGUGAGAAAUGGCGUCGCAUGGACAGCUCAGCCAGAAUGAACUUUUGGAGAUCGACAUUUCUUUCGAUGAUAACUGCUCGGCUGGGGAAAACGACGUCUUCGUCAACUCCGGUGCAUUUUCCAAUGGGUUCCCUGCGUUUCAGCAGUGGGUACCUGCCGCUGCCCCACCGACUGAGUUUGGAGAGUCGGAGGGGGGCGCGAGUCUGUUCACUCACAGCCCUCCAUCAACGCGGCAUUCGACCCAGAACCACGAACCGGAGGAUACAGUUCGACUUAGCAGCGAUAGUGACGAUUCCUGUGACAUCAGACACAGAGGUGAAGGAAACCCGCUUGCCCCAAGAUCAUCUAUUGUGGAUUAUCUCCUGAUCGAGCUGUAUGACACCUAUACCUGUAACAGCAGGAAGAGUGCUGACAGCGUGGAUAGCUCCACCGAGGCGUCCGGUUCGGAUGCUUUCCUUGGCCGGAGCAAUACCGAGUCAAACUUCCUGCAAGAACUACAAGAGAAGCAGACCAAACGACACCAGAUGCAGUAUCUGGCUCAGAAAGAUAUUGAUGAGCUGAAGAGGAUUAUACAGGAAGUGAACUAUCGGAUCGGGGUGCAGUCUGCAAAGCUGGUCCGCCAGGUGAAGAGGAAGGACCGGCUAGCCAACAAAGUGCAGAAGAACAAUGACAUCAUAACCGCCUGCUUGCAAGCUGUAUCACAGAAAAGACGAGUUGAUACUAAACUGAAGUUUACUAUUGAACCUUCACUGGGCAAAAAUGGAUUCCAGCAGUGGUAUGACGCGCUCAAAGCUGUGGCCAGGCUACCCACUGGAAUCCCCAAAGAGUGGCGGAAAAGGGUUUGGUUGACACUAGCGGAUCAGUAUCUCCACAGCAUCUCCAUAGACUGGGACAAGACCAUGCGCUUUGCCUUCAACGACCGCAGCAAUCCUGACGAUGAUACCAUGGGAAUACAGAUAGUCAAGGACCUGCACCGGACAGGCUGCAGCUCGUACUGUGGGCAGGAGGCUGAGCAGGACCGCGUGGGGCUCAAGAGGGUGCUGCUGGCCUACGCUCGCUGGAACAAGGCAGUGGGAUACUGCCAGGGCUUCAACGUGCUCGCCGCGCUCAUCCUAGAGGUCGUGGAGGGCAACGAGGGAGAGGCACUCAAGGUCAUGAUCUACCUGAUUGACAAGGUGCUCCCUGACAGCUACUUCGCCAAUAACCUGCGCGCUUUAUCAGUGGACAUGGCCGUGUUCAGAGACCUGCUGAGAAUCAAGCUCCCCGAACUCUCCCAGCAUCUGGAUCAUCUGCAGAGAGCAGCCAACCGAGCGAGCGGAGGCAGCUAUGAGCCGCCCCUCACCAAUGUCUUCACCAUGCAGUGGUUCCUCACCAUGUUUGCCACCUGUCUCCCGAACCACACCGUGCUGCAGAUCUGGGACUCAGUGUUCUUUGAAGGGUCAGAGGUGCUGCUGAGGGUCGCCCUGGCCAUCUGGGCAAAACUGGGAGAACGGAUCGAGAAUUGCCAGAGUUCGGAUGAGUUCUACAGCAUGAUGGGGUGUCUGGCCCAGGAGAUGCUGGAACAGAACCUUAUCGACUCCAAUGAUCUCAUGCAGACGGUGUACUCCAUGGCUGUGUUCCCAUUCCCUCACCUGGCCGAGCUACGAGAGAAAUACACCUACAACAUCACACCCUUCCCAGCCCCUGGGAAGCUGGGUAAGAGCCGAGACAGUGACGAGGAGAUCGAUCUCGACGACGAGGAUUCGCUGGUCAGCGCUGUGGGGUGUCUCGGGCCCUUCAGUGGGCUGCUGGCCCCGGAGCUGCAGAGAUACCAGAAGCAUCUGACAGAUCACAAAGAGGUACAGAGCCUGCGCUCCAGUAACAUUGCGGAGCUGAGCCCCGGAGCCAUUGAUUCGAGCCGCAAUGACUACCAAGCCACCUUCAACAGCAUGAUGAUGGAGAGGAUGACCACAGACAUCAGCGCUCUCAAGAGACAGUACUCCCGGAUCAAACGAAGGCAGCAGCAGCAGGCUAACCUCAUCUAUAUCAAAGCAGGAACAGAGGAGGAGCCUAACCCUGGGAUCAUGAGUGAUCCCAGCAGCCAGGCCUGGAAUGGCAUGGAAAACCAGGGACCCACCACUAGCCUCCUGCCAUCUCAGAUCCAUCAUUCCCCGGUCAUGAACCACCUCCUCCUGGGGAAAAAGCUGAAGCAGACCCAGAAGGGCUCCCGGAACAAUGUGCACAUCCCUGGAGCCAAACCGGCCCCUCUGCCCCACGAAGACAUGAAGACCAAGCUCAACUCCCCCUGGCGCACACACGUCCGAGUCCAUCGCAAAAACCUGGCCAGAGCCCGGGGCCAGCUGAGCUACGGGGACACCAUAGGACUGAUUGAGGAGCCGGGGGAGCAGAGCCCCAAACCGGGAGGGGAUUUAACACAGGGGGGCUCUGAGAAGGGGGGUAGAGAGAAGGAGGAGGGAGACGAGAGACAGGAGGAGGAGGAGGAAGAGAAGGAAAGGCCGGUUGAGAAAGCAGACGGUCAGUCCCCGGUGCCAGCUUACCGGGACGCCAACAUAACAGAGGUUCAGCACCAGCUGGAAGCUCUGGAGCUCAGCUCCUCCAUCGCUGAUCCGGAGCUGCCCCGGUGCCAAAGGAAAGCGUCCGACUCUUCUGGCUCAGAGAACGGGGGCUCCAGCACCCCCAAGACCCAGCCCUUCUGCCCUUUCCCCAGCGUCAAGCCACCCAGGAAGUCAGCCGCGGCCAGGAACUUAGGACUCUACGGGCCCACGUCCCGGACUCCCACCGUGCACUUUCCUCACAUGAGCAAAAACGUCAACCAGAUCUCCAAUGGAGGCAGCGGCACCAAGAAGCGGUGAUGAAACGGCAGUGUGUUAAAGAACGAGGCUUUUAAAUCCAUUCCGAACACCGUUUUAGCACCAGCAACGAUGAGCCCUGUUCACAGAAUCAGGUUUUAAAGGCCUGUUUUUGUGAAAAGUGUUUAAAAAUGUUUAAUGAAACUCUGCUUUGAACCAAAAAGCAUCAAGAACUGCAAACUUGAUGUAAUGAAUCUGAAUGGGCUUCAAACAAUCUCCACAACAAAACACUCAGUCCUUUUAAUAGUCCUAUUUUGUACAAAUAUUCAGAUUAUUACUUAGAAAGACCACUGUGUUCAGUAAUUUUGUUUUUUUUUAUUCUAUUUUUUUUAAUUAUUAUUUUUAAGUUAAUAGGGUAUAGUCACUAAGUAAAUGACUCCCUUAAAUCCUUACCUAAUGUAUUACCAUCACUUCUUAGGUCAGUUUGUGACAAAUGUGCAUUUGAGUUUUUUAAGGUUUUUUUUUUUUUCAAAGUUACGAACAAGAUGAUAAAUAGAAAAGAAAAUCUACAAAUGAAGUGAUGGCCAAAACAUUUAGGGACGUUUUAUUGGAAUUUGUUUUGUUAACGCUGUGUACUUGAAACUGCUCUUCCUGGUAUCUUAUUACUUACUGUGUCCCUCUCAUGGAAACUGCCAUUAGCACAGGAAGGGUUAGGGUUCCAGGAAGAAGGAAGUGUAAACGGUCUAAAGCUACAGAGUUCAGCUUGUAAUAUCAGCCCAGUUCAAGCACAGUGAGAAGGGGGCUAGUGAUAAUGUUGCUGAUGCUAAUAACAAGGAAUUUUGUUAAAAGCCUUGAUUCUUGCUCCUUUCUACACUAAAGGGCCUUAUUGUCGUAUUUUUGUUCUAGUCUUACUGCUUCACAAAUGGACACAACUGCUUGUACAAUAACACUUGUGUCUGUAUCCCGGCACCAGUGUUGGUCAGGGAUAGCCUCCCCCUGGUGGAGAGAAAGAUGCACUACACCCAUAAUUCUACUUGUUCAUGUCGCAGAGCUGGGAAGCAUGCCUUUGUCUUGCUUCAGUCUAUGUAUUCCUGCUUUACAUUGUGUCCGGCACACUGGGCUUUUAAUGAUGGGGUCCAGGAAGCAGAUUUUCACUGUUCAAAUCCCGGCUCCGCCACUGACUCGCUGUGUGUGACCCUGAGCAAGUCACUUCUUGUGCUCCUUUGGAUAAGAUGUAAAACUGAGGUCCUAUUGUAAGUGACUCUGCAGCAGCAAUUGUUGAUGCAUAGCUCACCCCCUAGUCUUUGUAAGUCACUUUGGAUAAAAGCGUCCACUAAAUGACUAGUUCAUAAUAAUAAUAAUAAUAGACAGUGCUGCAGUUUACUCAGAUUUCAUGAUUGAGUGUUUGAAGCACUGACUUGACAGUAUUUGAGCUGUGCUGUGCUUCAAAUGUAUUAUUUCAGCAUUGUACAGAUGCACCGUCUUUCUCAUGAAGUGAAAGUGUGUCGUGUUUUGUUUAUAUGCUAUAUCCUAGUCAGCAGGCCUCUCUUGUGCAUGGUAUUGAAUUGAAUGCACUAAUGGGGUUAUCUGCAGAGUUUUCAAGAACAGCAAAACUGUGUUUGUGCUUGGGGGUUGAUUCUAUACAAACCACCUUCAACCUUAAAAUGUCCUGUAAAUGUUUUUUUAAAAGGCUUUGGUUUGGCCUUUUAUAACUUUCCAGCAUCUUCUUUAUAAAGGGGACCCUUUACAGACUGCCCAUCUCACUGUAGUGAUGUCCGUCCUUCUGAAACCUCAGUCAAAUCAGCAGUGUUUUAUAAAGUACAAGUGUCUAUGAGAUGGUAAUUUUACCUAUGAGUGAUGGCCAAGAAUGAAAUAUUUCCGGUGGGAGUUGGUUCACCAUGAAUGGAACUGCCAUAGCACGUAUAUUUGCAGGAAUUCCCUUCUCUUUAUGAUGCAUCGCCUCUCAUAAUGACAAAUAACACACUGAAGUGGUUUAAAGAUGGAUUGAAAAAUAGAUGCACAAUAGAAAACAAAAUGACCUUAUUAGCAAAAUUGCCAAGGUGUGGCUCCAAGGAUUCGCUACACAAGAAAAACCAAGAAUGAAGAAAAAUACAAGAUCUGAUAAUAUACUAGAUAUUGCUUCCAUUAAGCUUAAACAACUUCCAUAGGAAAUGUUUCAUUCCAUCUUGUAUUCUCUUGUCCUGUUUGCAGAACCAUUUAUUUUUGGGCUGUCUCUAUAUCCUACAUGUUUAUAUAUUUUUGAAGAGUAAAAUCCUAUGCUAAGUUUAGAUAGCCUAGUUGGUCCAUGAAUGUCACUGAAUGUAAAGUGCUGAAAAUAACCUUAAAUUGAAGGAAGAAAAAAAAAGUUUAAAGUGGGAAAAGUCAUUUUGUCCAAUUUUGCAUUGUGGUUCUAAAUAAACGGGAUUACCUGUGAAA